GUUGCUGUGUGUUUGUGUGCGAGACAGAGAGCGCUCUGGGCUGGUGUGUGUGUUUGUCUGUGUGAGAGCUCUGGGCUGCUGUGUGCGUGUGUGUGCGUGUGUGGCUGAUGGAGCAGGCCGGGAGGGGGAGCAGCACACGCAGUCAGGGGCUGAAUCCCCGCAUCCUCUCCUCAUUGCUGUCACAGCAGGAGAAGCCGCGGGACCGGGAGCCGGAGCUCGCUGUGGGGCAGUGCGAGCGGGAUCGGCGCAUCUUCCUCCAGCUGCAGUGAGAGCCGCGAUGCUGCCCUGGCGCAGGAACAAAUUCGUGCUGGUGGAAGACGAGCGCCAAGGCAAAGGCAAGACCCUGGGCCCGGGGCUGAGCUACGCCUCCCUGCUCUCCAGCUUCGUGCGCUCCUGCCCGGACCUGCUGCCCGAGUGCCCGCUGGAGCGGCUGGGCAGCGUGUUCCGCAGCCGGCGGCACAAGGUGGAGCUGAACCAGGAGGACCCCACCUACACGGCCUGGUACCUGGGCAACGCGGUCACGCUGCAGGCCAAGGGCGAGGGCUGCACGGACGAGGCGGUGGGCAAGAUCUGGGCCAAGAGCGACGGCGGGGCCAGCGGCACCAAGGUGAAGCUGACGCUGGGGGCGCACGGCAUCCGCAUGGCCCCCUGCGAGAAGCGGGGCGGCGGCGGGCGGCGGCCGGGCCAUGCCUACCUGCUGCGCCGCAUCACCUACUGCGCGGCGGACGGCCGCCACCCCAAGCUCUUCGCCUGGGUCUACCGGCACCAGGUGAAGAACAAGGCCGUGGUGCUGCGCUGCCACGCCGCGCUGCUCUCCAAGGCGGAGAAGGCGCGGGCCGUGGCGCGGCUGCUCUACCAGACGGCCAGCGCCGCCUUCAGCGACUUCAAGCGCCUGCAGAGACAGAACGACGCCCGGCGCCUCCAGCGCCAGCGCCUGGGCGACUCCAUCGUCCCGCUGGUGCCCAUCCGCAAGCUGCUCAACGGGCAGUGCCCCUACCGGCCCCCCGCCGACCGCAGCCGCGGCGCCCGCCGGCUCAGCUCCAUCCUGGAGGAGGAGGAGGAGGAGAACCUGGGCACCGCCCGCCACCACGCGCCCUCGGGCCGCCUCAGCCCGGCCACCGGCUGCAACCAUCCCGCUCCGGCCCCCCAGCGCCGGGAGCGGGCCGAGGUGCUGACUUUAGCCCGGGAGCUGAGGGGCUGGAGCCUCCAGAGCCCACCGCCCUGGAAGCCCGCCCAAGAGAGGCCCUGCUUGUCGGGCUGCUAAAGCCAGCAGGCUAGAGACCGCCCAGCGUCCUUCCCAGAAGGACCCGCCUGCCUGGGGUGAGGAUGGGCAGAAUGAGUCUGGAAAUGCCACCCGCUGCUGUGCCCCGGCCCGUGUGCCCCUCGCUGCUGCCUAGGGUGACCAGACAGCAAGUGUGAAAAAUCAGGACAAGGGGUGGGGCGGUAAUAGGAGCCUAUAUAAGAAAAAGCCCCAAAUAUCGGGACUGUCCCUAUCAAAUCGGGACAUCUGGUCACCCUACUGCUGCCUUUGCAGCCUGAGGAGAGGCAGACAACAGUCAUCAGGCCCUGCUGACUGGCAGGGCUCACACACAGACCGACUGACCUGCCCAGCCUGCAGGUAACACUCCUUCACCGCCCUCUGAGUACAGGCACCAGCUCCGGUGUGGCCCUUUCGCCUGAGCGGACAUUGAAAUGAUCUAGACCGGUUGGUGCAUAUCUCCAUCUCUUCCACACACACCUCCCCGCCCCUCCACACACACACAGACACUUGCUAACCAGCUCAGAGACAGACUGCACUGACUCUAACGACUGGCAUUAGAGCCAUGGACAGGCUCCUGCUAAACUGAAACAUACCCGCAAGGUCUGGAAGGGUGAAGGGUUCCCUGAAUGGGCAGCUGCCACAGGGAGCAACUCUUGUGUGUAUUUUGUACUUCCAGUGAUUUCAAGAAAAGAGAGGGAGAGACACACACACACAAACUGGGGGUGGGGGAUGAUAUUUCCAUUUCAGCCAAGGGAAGGAGAAGCUGGUUCAGCUGAAGUGACUUUUACUACUUGAUCUAAACUAAAAUUUAUA